AUGACAACAACUUCGGAGCGAUGGAGACCGACUAUAAUCGGCUCGAGCUACAUUGCUCGACCCGAUCUGGUUCGUUUCGCCGUCUCCCUCAAGUUCCUUGACCUACACCAUAUUCAUCAUACACAGGAAAACCAAAAAGCAAUGUUCAGCAACCCGAUAAUACCUGGAUUUGCGCCGGACCCUUCUGUCGUUCUUGUAGACGGCAUCUAUUAUCUUGCGACUGCUUCCUUCCAUUUAUUCCCUGGUAUCCCAAUCUAUGCGUCCACAAAUCUGCAAGACUGGAGGCAUAUCGGGAAUGCAAUCAACAGAUCCACACAACUCGAUCUGCAUAAUGCGACUACAUCUGCGAUACCUCUCGAUGAUGGCAACGUGAUGGUAGCAUCUGGAGGACUACUUGCACCCACUAUCCGACAUCACAACGGCACUUUCUACAUCGCCUGCACAAACUGCUACCACGGAAAGGACAACUGGCAAACCGACAAUUUUCUAAUAACAACUGACGACAUCUGGUCAGACAACUGGAGCGACGCAAUACCAUUUGAUUUUCACGGCAUCCAUCCUUCACUUUUUUUCGACGAUGAUGGCCGCGCGUAUAUCCAGGGCUCAUGGAUGAUGGAUCGCAUGAAACAGCCAAGUUGCACGAUCAAGCAGUUUGAAAUUGACGUCAGAAGCGGAUCCGCACUAUCUGAAACGCGUGAGAUUUGGGGCGGCUUUGCUAAACGAGAUACCGAGGGUCCACACAUUUACAAAAAGGAUGGUUGGUAUUAUUUACUAGUGGCUGAAGGCGGAACCUUCGAACAUCACAUGCUGUCCAUGGCACGCUCAAGAAAUAUCUGGGGACCGUAUGAAUCUUGUCCAAAUAAUCCCAUCAUGACUGCGGAUGGCAGGAAUGAAUACGUGCAAAAUAUUGGCCACGGAGAAAUCUUCCAAGACAUGAACGGGGACUGGUGGGCAGCAGUCUUGGGUGUACAGGGAGACCAGGACAAGGCACCAAUGGGGCGCGAAACCUUUCUCACAACAGUAGAAUGGCCAAAAGAUGGAUGGCCCCUCAUUGAGCAGCCACAAAUGUCGUUCAGCACACCGCGCACAGUACAAUUAGGUUUCGCUGCGGCACAGCUGAUCAAGAAAUCGCGAUUAGUAAACCCCCACCUGGACGAUUUAUACCUGCAUAAGCCACUGCGGAGUCCCUACAAGAAAUCCGGCUCAAUAGCGCUCACACCCCAUACUUCAACACUCUCCGCGGCAUCAGCGCCUCUCGCUUUACUGGCCCGCCGUCAACGAAGCGUAAACGCCAUUGCUGCAACGACUGUACUCCUCGAUAACGAGGCCACUCAUUCAAACGCGAUAGGUGGAUUAACUGUAUACAAAGAUCCCCUGCGCCACGCUAGUAUUUCCGUCGCCCUGUCCACCCGUCUCAUCCACGUCCACUUUGUUGACGCGUCCAACGAUUACGAAUACACAGCAUCAUACCCAGAGCCCGUCUCGCGUUCAUCCACAGCUGUAGACCUCCGUAUCAUCGCUGGCGAAGAGCGUUACGCACUCGAGUUCCGCGACCCCGACCAUGACCGACGAUGGAAGCAAGUCGACAUGGUGGAUACGACUAUGCUGAGUGCACGGGAUUUUACAGGCACGAUCAUGGGCAUCUUUGCACUCAGGGACCGCAAUGCGAGUCCGAGUAAUAGCCCGCGUGACGACUGUGACAGUGGAAGCGACGUAACGGACCAAAAGGUCACAUUUCGAGAUUUUGAAGUCAGAGGUUAG